AUGAAGUACGUCAUUGAACACAUGGAAGAAGGUUUCUCUGAAUGGGUGACAUUAGAAUACGCUCAAAUCAUCCGUGAUGUCGGUAAGGAAAACCUUAUCCUCACAUCUCUUCCUGAUGAUACCACUGAAGAGUCGAUACCUUCAAGAUUGAGACAACUUGGAUUACAAUGGACAACCGAGGAAUGUAUUCAAAUAGAUGGAGGUCUCGAUGCCACCAGAGUGUGUCUUUUAGAUCCAGCAGCAGAGACAGAUUUGACACCCGAAGACCAUCAAAAGUUUGAUUACUUUGUGUUUGGAGGAAUCUUGGGGUCUCAUCCUCGGGUCGACAGAACUGGAAUCCUAAGAAAGAAAUAUGGUUUUGCCGGUAGAAGAUUGGGCAGUUUACAAAUGACCACAGAUACUGCCAUUAGAACCACCAAACAUAUAAUUGAUGGUCAAACCAAGUUUGAAGAUAUCAAGUUUAUUGAUUACCCGGAGAUUAGGUACAAUAAAUAUGAAUCAACAGAAAUGCCCUUUAGAUACAUUGUUGAUGGUAACAAUGAACCAAUAUUACCGGAAGGAAUGCUUGAAUUGAUCAAACACGAUGCUGACCAAAGUAUUGAUGACUUGCUAAUGGAAUAA